AUGCAUGUUGACCAAGGCUUGGAGCCUCCUUUCAUAAAUGCUUUAUAUUUUUCACAGGUACAUGCCCACUCUGUCCUAUCCUGUGGCCGUUGUUUUGAUGAAGAUCAGAUGUUGUUUCCCUUUGUGUCUUAUGCAUUGCGCUGCCUGUGGGCUGAUGCUGGAGUGAGAGAAGCUGCCGAUAGAGGAUACGAAUAUGAGCUGAAUGAUUCUGCACACUAUUUCUUUGAACACAUGGAGAGAAUCACAGCUCCAGAGUACAAGCCGACAGAAAUGGAUGUUUUGAGGGUUCGGCUUCGAACUACAGGUGUGCUAGAGACGCAGUUUAAAAUAAACAGACUCACCUUUCGGAUGUAUGAUGUGGGAGGUCAGAGGACAGAGCGUAAGAAAUGGAUUGCCUGUUUUGAAGAUGUCAGGGCAGUUCUGUUUGUGGCAGCACUCAGCGGAUAUGAUAUGCAUCUUAUUGAAGACCCAUCUGUGAACCGACUGAAAGAAAGUCUGAAGUUGUUUUCUUCUGUCUGCAAUAAUGUCUUUUUUAAGAAUACUUCCAUGAUUUUAUUUUUGAACAAAAUUGAUCUUUUCCAACAGAAGAUCUUGCACUCUGGAAGACAUCUGAGGCAUUAUUUCCCCCAGUAUAGAGGUGCAGACUGUGAUGUGGACUCUGCUGCAAGGUACAUAGCUUCAUUGUUCCUCUCACUGAAUGAAACACCCGAAAAACUGGUAUACCACCACUUCACAACAGCUACAGAUACUUCGAAUGUGCAAAUUGUCUUUCAGGUUGUCAUGGAGACGAUCAUCAAAGAGAACUUGGAAGCUGUUUCACUUCUGUAGAAGUUGAUUUUGUUGUUUCCUUUGUAAACAAAAAGGUUUCCAGAAUAAGGAAACUGGAUGACUGAAGACCCAUGAAGAAGCUGCAAGCGACAAGCACUGUUGUACAUUUGUUAGUUGUUUCUCCACACUGCUGAUAUGGCUAAACUUACUUCAUAAAGACUUGAUAUGAGAGUGUCUUUCCUGUGGUCAAAUUAGUUAGUAGCAUAUUAUCAUAAAAGGGUAUCACUGCCUUAAAAGCGAAGAUAAAACUGUUUUGUACACAUUUUGUAGACUUAACCAAUUUUGCUCUGAUUCUUGUACAGAAAUGCUAGAAAUAAGUAUAAAUAUUGUUUGGUAAGUUAUAAAUAAUACCAGAAACAUUAUUUAUGAAAAUUAUAAUAUGAGGUUAGGAUUUGCUGUUUAGUAAUUUGAUACUUGUGUUUGCUGCCUGUAAUUUGUUACUUUAUUACAAAGUGUUCCUGUGUUAAAAGUGUAUUCAUUCUGUGAACACUUUUGCUUUGGAUAUCUAAAGUGGGAUCUCACCAGCACUUAGGGGUUAAGGAUUCUGCUUAAGAGCUGUAGAGUUUGCGGGUUAGUUCUGACCUAUGGUCUUAAGUUUAUGUGGGCUUUCUCUAAUUACUGUGGCUUCCUUCUUCCUCCCCAAAACAUGCUUGGUGAUUGUCAGCUCUAAACUACCCAUGCAUAUACUCUUGCCAUUGUGACCAGGAUCGUGAAUGAAAAGGGUCUGAGGCAACUAGCUCAGUUAGUGCUUUAGCAGAUUAAUGAAUAGAAUAAACAAGAAAGUUGUGAUUUUUACUCGCAAGUUCCUGGCCUUUGCUGACCGUGUAUCUGUUGAAGCUGGGCAGUUAGUUGUAAGCUGUAACUCAAUGAGAAGUGCCCACUAGGUUUUAGGAUUUUCCCUCAUGCCUCAUAUGUAAGAUUCUUCUGUUACAGAAAAAUGGUACAGCCAUAGAAUUGUGUGAAGAAGUGCUAACAAUAAUCUGAUGAUACUGGGGGUACAAGACCCCCAUAUGGUAUCUUUUGUGUUCUGACUGAUGUGUGUGUGUUCUAGGAAUAGUUGCCCUGUGGUUUAAAGAAUUCCAUGUAACUUUUAGGUAGGUGAGAACUUGUGAAAGGUAAAAACAUUAUUCCUGACACUAUCUCACUACACAAAUCACCGUCUUUUUCUCCUAUAGCUCAGAGGAUCUGGAUGUGAAAGAAAAUUGACAAAAUAUAUUUGUUUUGCACUGGUUUGUACAGAUGUAACAGUUAACAUUAUCUGAGAAUUUACUAGCUAUGCUUCUGCUAUCCUAUAUCACUGCCAUGUACUUAGAGAUGUUUGUAUGUAGAGUUUGUUUCACAGUGUAAUUUCCUUUGCCUUUCUCAAGGAGUCGCACACUUGUUUCUCCAGCAUCAUACUCUGUGUAUCAGUUUUUUUUUCUUUUAAUUUGGUUGUUGUGACUAAUGUAAGCCACUGACUGGGAUCCCCUUUAGCAAGUUUCAGAUGAUAUUGCGCGACUCCAUAUUGGCAUACUUCCUUAGGAAAGGGUCUGCCUUUCUGGCCCUGUCAUGACAAGUCACUGAUUUUAUACUGUCCUUGUGAACUUUCUAAGGUGAAUUUAACUGCCAUAGCAAAGCUUUUCAAACUGAGAAAUCUAAUGUAGAUUUUCUGUAGCAGUAUACUCUGUGCCUUUUCCUUAGUGGAAGAAAAGCAGUGGAUGGGUGGCACUACAGUGUCUGAGAGCAAUGCACUUGAGCUGAAAAUGCCAUUUGUGUCAUUCAGGGUAGGAAAUUCUUCUUUAAACCCUUGUCUAGUAAGUAAUGCAAGACUUAUUUGCAAUUUGAGGUGCUUACUGAGAAAUUCUAAACUGAAUACUGUUGGACUACUUGCUCUGUUUAGUAGUUAGGAUUAGAAUAUUACAUUCCGUAAGUUCUGAAUGACUAGAUUCUAAGCAUUCAUACUGUUUUUUAUUAAUCGGCUGACCACCUCUCUUGUUUUCAUAAAAUGUUUAAAAAGUGUCUUGUUCAAAUUUUUUUUGUCUGUGUGCACCAUUCACAGCUAGUUUGCAUCUGCUAUCUGCUUUACUAUAUACAUAUUGUGUUUUGCUGUCCUUUUCUACAAAUUUCCAUCCAUAAAUGUUACAAGAAAAUUGCUUAAGAAUUCAGCCUGUGUUAGAAAACCUUAUCAUUCAGUACACAAACAAGCUUAGAAUGUCAGAAUGCCCUGCUGCCUAGGAGAGUUGUAUCUUUCAUAUUGGCAACUUUCCCCUAUAUGCAUAUAAAUAUAUAUAUAAAUAUAUAUAUGUGUGUGUGUGUGUGUGUGUGAAUGGGCGCAGACACACACUUUUGCAUUUACCAGGUCUGUCUUCAUUGGCUUAGCCUGUAUUAACUUCACUUCUUAGAAUGGUCCAGUCAAAACUCACAGUUCGUUUGAUGGCAAUAAAAGAUGGUGCUGAACUAUGGUACAACCCCUUGUCAUAAUGGUGAUGAAGAUGAUACAGGACAGGCAGUGCAAAGUCCCUUAUGGUGGUGGUGGUGGCUAUGUUGGCAAAGUGGAACUGGCAGUGCAAUGGCUAGGACCACCCUUUUGAUGUUUUGUUCUGUGACCAGUAUGCCACAGAAAAUUGUGAAGUGUAGAUUGACAUUGGGAACCUGGGAUGGGCAAUAGAUUGAAAGGGAAAGAGCAGCAGUGUAGGUACUAAAUUAUUUCACUGUCAUUGACCCUUUGGGAAAUAUCUUUUGCACUUAAAGUUCAAACUUGAUAUUUCAUUGUUUAGGAGAACUGGCUCCCUGUCAUAAGUGCAUGACCUGACAGUCCAGGUCCCAAGAGUUAAAACAUAAACUUCUGUUCAGACAGAAAACCUGUGACAGAAAACCUGUGACUUUUGAAAUUCAUCGUUAAACCUUUCAAGCGUUUCUGUAAACUGUAAUGCUUAUGUUUACUAAUUCUGUGAUCACUGUACCUUGAAGUAGAGGGGAAUAAUUCAAGCUACCGUAGACUCUGAUUUAGUAUGCAUUCCCCAUUCACAGUUGUAGGUCCUUAGUUCUAAAGAUCACAAUUAAGGUUCUUGAAACUACAAAAGGCACCCGAGAGUACUGUGUAUUUAUAUUGUAAAUUAAGAUGCUACUGACUUGCACUUGAUUACACCCCAUUGCCCGUCUUUUAUCACUUUACUCAUAUCUUACUAUAUUUGGUACUACACUGUCUUACCUUUGGCUGUUACCUAGAGAUCCUUAAGAAUUUGGCUUCAGAACAUACAUUUCACAUGGGUUCUCUCAACUCACCCCCUGCCAAGCAUUUGACUUUGUGAACUCAUUCCUGAACCCCAUGUCAGUGGUACUGUGUCCAGAACACUGGUCUAAAGGUAACAAAAGGAAUCCCACUGAAUAGAAAGUAGAGAUUCUGGUGUUUUAUCAGAAGAGCACAGGCUCUGUAGCUUUAUUGUUAUGCUUGUCUGCAGGUUGCAUCCUUCCACAGACAUUAUGAUUUCCAGAUCUUUCACCUGUAUAUAGUGUGGUUCUUUGUAAGGCAUUUAACCAGACCAGAGCUCAUCAGUCACCCUUUGACAACAGAUAGUGGCAGUUCCUCGAUCAUGACCUGAUAGAGCCCUAUCAUCAUGUGUUGAAUGAUGGCUAUGUUAUGGCUCUGCACUUUGAGUGCUUGGAUAAGGAGUCAGAUUAUUUUAAAGCUUCCCCUUUGAAUUUUGACCCUCUAAAUCUAGUUCCUUCCCUAAGGUGCACUGCAGUAAAACCAUCUUACUAGAGAGAGGUAUGUUUAUUAGCCAGAAGCUGUUGUCAUAGCUGGAGUUUGAAACAUGUUACUUCCCAGAGAUAGUGGUGAGGGAGAGUACCAUUAUCUGUGCUCACAGUGCAAGUAUGAAGCCCAUCACUGAGGGGAAUAAGAAAAAACAACCCACUGCUUACACAUACAGGAUGCUUCAUCUAAAAUGCUGGUGAUAUUGUUAUGGGAAUGGAUUACUAUUGGUAAAAGGUUAUCCAGGACAGGAGGAAUCGAGCAUAUUAGGAGCAUGUAUUCUGGAUAAAAGAAAAGUGAAAGAAAACUGCCCCUCACAUACACACAAACACACGUUUCAGAGGAUAGCGGUAGGGUAAUGGCCAGGCUGCAGUUUCAGUGAAGAGUUAUACAGUCCUCUUUUAAGAGGAUAGUAGGGCAGUCCCCCAUUUGAACAAUAAUAUGAUAUGAGGAACAGUCUGCCUGUUGAGAAAAACAUGUUUGAAGAUUUGGGAUGCCAAUGUGCAUAGUCUCCCUUUUGAAAUGAUAGUGAGAGAGUGAGAGACAGCUUUCCUUUUCAGAGGAUAGUAGGACAGUGAAGGAGAGCCCUGUUCAGAAGAUAAACCAGAUCCUCAUCAGAUGUCUUAUUUGGAAGGUAGUGGGAUGCUAAGGGAUGUCUCCCUGUUUGGAGGGUAGUGGAACAAUGACCAUCCCACCUGUUCAAAGGGUAUUGGGACAGUGAGGGACUAUACUCCUGUUUUGAGGAUAUUGAGAUAGUGAAGGAUACCCCCCAUUUAGACAAUAAAAGGACAGUUGAGGUCCAGCAUUCCUGUUGAGCAGGUAGUUGGAUUAUGAGGAACAGUCGUGUUGUUCACAGGAUAUAAUGAUAGUGAGGGACAGCUUCCUUGCUCAGAUGAUAGUGGGGCAGUGAGUGACAGUCUCCUUUGUUCAGAAGAUAGGUGGACAGUUGAGGGUCAGCCUCCUUGUGACAAGACAGUCUGAGGGAGGGUGGAUGACAGGCAGCUCAUCUGUUGAACAGAAUUAGAGCUGGCCAGCUUCAUUACUUAGGAGAAAGAGAGUAUAGGGAAGCCAUCUUUCGAGAGGGACACCACUUUCUUAAUAAAAGAGGGGAGGGUAAGAGUUUUGUUAGGGCUGUGCCCCACCAAGUGGGAUACAAACCAGGUCAUUUACAUAUUGUCAGCAGAAGAUUUAAUCAUCACAGACGGAACUGUCUGUGACAUUCUUGCACAUCUGCAUUGCCAAGUCAAUUGGAUAGAAUGAACAGACUAUAAAAGCUGCUUGUAACCUUAAUUAUAACACAGAUGUGGUUACCAGACUGGAACGUCCAUCAGGGGAUGAAAAAGUCCCACUUCCUACAUCCCUUGCCUGAGGAAAUGUCAUAGCCAUGAUGAGAGUAAUCUGAUCACUGAGCAGGUGUGAGCAGAAAUGCUGAGUUUGAACUGCAUGGAACUGUUUAUGGUCUUGGAUGAUACCACAUAUAAAUACAUUUAAGUAAAACCAAUCAUGAGUAGUCAAACCAGCAGUGAUCAAAUUAGGUCUCAGUCCCUUAAACUGUACAACACAUUCAUGUUCAAUGUAAACUAGAGAAAAUUACAUUUUUCUGACUUUCGUGGUCUCUUGUAAUAUAUAUCAAAAUAUUUUUCAACCCAGUGGAUUUUUCAUAUUGAACCAGUCUCUUGAUGUUUAUAGCACUGCCAUAUAUAAAGGACAGAAUAGUUUACUUAACUUGGGAAUAGCAGCCUUUGUUAAUUAUGCAAGUAAAGGCACAUCACUAUUGAACAUGUUGGCCCGUAAUAUUUGCAACCUUGGUAAAUUAAUUUUAUCCAUUUUAGAUGGAAGUACACAUAGGUUUAAUAUAUUAUUCCAGAACCAGUGAUGCAAAUCUAUAUUGCAAAUGAAUAUCCUACUCAACUGUUGUAUAGCUCUGAGCAUUUUGGGUUCAGAAACUUAAAACAAGUAGCAGUGAGUGAGUUAGUUACAUUUUUUUGUGUUUCUGCAUUUUUGGCCAGAGAUGAUAUUUCCUGCUUUAACUAGAUCGCGGGAAAGUAUUUUUUUUAUCUCUAUCACCAGGGGGUGGUGACUGUCCUGUGGGGAAAUCUGCCCUGGAUAGUGCUGAAAAGUGAAGGGUUAAGAAUGACAUGCUUCGCUUUGACUCUUGCUUAAUCCCAGGCAUCAAAACAAAUCAUUAUGUGAGUGCUUCUGCUUCCUGCUUUGCUGCUCACCUUUUCUAAUGGUACACCAAAAUGUACCUCUUUGAUUUUAACCAGAACCAGAUAGAGCAGGUAUUGGCAGUGACUAUAAAUAAGUGAUAAAUUAUCCUGCAGCCACAAUGUAUUAGCACAAAACAUUUUGUUGCUGGGAUUAAUAUGGCUGUGGGCUGUUAGAUUUUCAAGCUGCACACUAUUCUUGCUUUACAGAGUACUAAAUUAUAAUACUUAAGUCAUGUUAUGGUAAAUUGUAUUUUGUUACAUCUGGAAUCGUGUUAAAAGUUUAUAAUGUAGAAAUAAUUGUGUAAAAAAAAAAAAGACAAUAAAUGUUGAUCUGAA